GUGAGCAGGGGUGGACUGACCAUUUGGGAACUCGGGCACUGCCCGAGGGCCUGGGGUCAGUAGGGGGCCCCAUGAGAUGCCCCUGGUACCUUUCAUAGACUUUUUUGGGUGUGGUUUGAGUGUGGGUGAGGACACAGGGGCCCAUGAUCCCCUAUUGCCCGGGGGCCCCAUGAGUUGUCAGUCCACCCCUGCUUGUAAGGUGUCACUUCACGCUUGAAGGACUGUUGUAUAUUAGUGAUUCUGACAGCAAUUGUCUCUAGCAGCACAGUCUCCAGUUUUUUUGAGUGUGCUUUGAGUGUGGGCAAGGACACAGGGGCCCCAUGAUCCCCUAUCGCCCGGGGGCCCCAU